AUGGAAGAACUUACGGCUUUUGUAUCCAAAUCUUUCGACCAGAAAAGCAAAGAGAGCUGCAGCGGCAGUGGCAGCAGCAACAAGAAAGAGACGAUCACGUACAGGGAAGUUUUGGAGAGUGGGUUGGCACGUUCUAGGGAGCUUGGAAACUCUGACUCUAGCCUGCAGGACAUGACCGAGAGCAGCAACCAUUGCCCGGUGCAUCUUUUCAAAGAUCACGUAGAGAGCGACAAGGACAAACUGAAAGAGUUCAACACAGGCAGGACGGCGGAAGGGAUUUACGAGUGCAAAGAGAAGAGGGAAGAUGUGAAGUCAGAAGACGAAGAUGGACAGACUAAGCUCAAACAAAGGAGAAGCAGAACCAACUUCACACUAGAGCAGCUGAAUGAGCUGGAAAGACUUUUUGAUGAAACGCACUAUCCGGAUGCCUUCAUGAGGGAGGAACUAAGCCAGAGGCUGGGACUGUCUGAAGCUAGGGUUCAGGUCUGGUUCCAGAACAGGAGGGCAAAGUGCCGAAAGCAGGAAAACCAGAUGCACAAAGGUGUGAUCCUAGGAACUGCCAGCCAUUUAGACGCCUGCAGAGUGGCCCCCUAUGUGAAUAUGGGAGCCCUGAGGAUGCCUUUCCAACAGGUCCAGGCGCAGCUGCAGCUGGAGGGCGUGGCCCACGCGCACCCGCACCUGCACCCGCACCUGGCGGCCCACGCGCCCUACCUGAUGUUCCCGCCGCCGCCCUUCGGGCUGCCCAUCGCCUCCCUGGCCGAGUCUGCUUCCGCCGCUGCCGUGGUGGCCGCCGCCGCAAAGAGCAACAGCAAGAACUCCAGCAUCGCCGACCUGCGGCUGAAGGCCCGCAAGCAUGCCGAGGCCCUGGGGCUCUGA